GGGAGGUCACUUUCUCCUCCGAACUCGCAUCUGAAAAACGCCGAGAACCGCGACCGAUCCGUUCCUGCAAGCAGCAGCAGGAGGAGGGCGGCGAGAGCGGAGCGAACCGCGCGCGCGUGUGUGAUCGGGGGCUCGGCCGGAGGAGAUGUGGUCCGGCGUUCGCGGCGGAGCCUCGAGGGCUGCGGCGAGCGGCGGCGGCGGCGUCGGCGGCGGCUUCGUCCGGUACUUCUCGCGGAAGCGAGCGGAGAACGUGAGGAAGAUAAACCCUAAGGUCCCGCCGCAGGAGGCCUACUCCAUCGCUCGCUCCCUCCACGACGUCAUCCGCCUCCGCGGUCCCCUCACCAUCCCCAACACUUGGACUCAAGCCUUGGAAGCUGGCGUGAGCGGUUUGCAAAGCAAGACACACAUGAAAUUAUUGCUCAAGUGGAUGAGGGGAAGGAAGAUGGUGAAGCUGUUCUGCAACCAGGUUGGUUCAAGCAAGAAGUUUCUUCUCUCUACCCUACCUGAAGAACCUCAAGGCGAUCGAUCAACAAGUACAGCGGAGUUGAACCUGCAAACUGAGAAGCCCUCCUUGCCCUCGAGGGGGAAAAGGAAAACCAAAUAAAUGUUUCAUGAGCUUAGGUGGACUAGGGAAGCAUUCAUGCGGUAUUUGUUUUUACGUCUGGCUAUUUGCCUUCUUUUGCCAUAGACGUCUUGAUUCUAAUUGGCUUCUGCGAUUUGAAAUGGAAAUGGAAUAAUCCUGGGUUUUUAGGCCA